AUGGAAUUGUUAAAUUAUGCUGCCACUAUAAUUCAAAAAACAUUCAGAGGUUUUCUUGCUAGAUAAGCUGUAAAAUAAAUAAGAAGAAUAAACUAUUUUUCGUCAUUUGGUAUUGAAAUUAAAUGAUUUAGACCAUCAUAAUGAAUAUGGGUUUUGCAUUUAGCCCUAAAGAUCAAAAUAAUCUACUCGUAAUACUCAAUCACUGAUUUAACCAACUAAAAGAAUGAUCAGAAGUAGUGUCUACAUUUAAAAAUGCUAUCGAGGGUAUUUAAGUAGAAAAUACGUUUGCAAUUUUUACAAAUUGAAAUAGAUUGUGUUAUUUUUAGAAGGACACAUUCAUAAUUUCUUGAGGAAAGUAAAAUGAUUCUGAUAUUAGAGAAUUUAAUAAAGGAAAAUCAAUAUAAAAUAAUUGAUGGCAUAAUGUUACAAUUUUCAAACUCAAUGUAAAUCUAUAGCAAAAGGCAGAUACCAUUACAGUAAGUAUAUGAAUCAGAAACAAUUUGAUGAAAUAAAUGGCAUCAUUUUUACAUCCUUUUUGCAUUUAAUGAUACCUAAUUUUGAAAAACUUAAUUCUGAAUAGAAAUCCCAUUUUGUAGAUCAAAUCUUAGGAGUUGUUUAAUCAAAUCCCCCUAAAAAAACAAUGCCAACUCAGAUAAGUUCUAAGACUCCGUUGAAGUAGAGACAUAUAAUUUAGAAUGUUAGUGUUUUGUCUUCUGAGGUAAUGACUAGUAAUGGCAGUUGCACUUCUAGUCAUAAAUCAAAAUCAAAUCUAACAAAUGAAGAAUUUAAAUCAAUUUUAUAACGAUAGAAUAAAAAAAUCAAAUGA